CUUAUUGGCAUUGCCAUUAUUUUAUUCACCGAUUGCCACUACUAUUAUUCACAACCUACAUAUGUAGAAAGAACAUCAAUCACAUUUCCCUUUCCCCCCUCUUCCUUUCAUUCAUGUUGAACCCAACUGUAUUAUUUCAGCUUUCUUGACAAAGCCAUUAAACCCCCCCUGCCCUGCCCUGCCCUUCCAUUUAUUGCAUUCAAUUCUUCAAAAUCAAACCAAAAUAUGCCUCAAACUCACUCUUCUAACACUUACAUUCUAUUGUUUUGCCUCUUGACAUCUCUGUUUUCUGUCAUUAGAGCCACUUUUAACCUCACUCUUCCUCAUCAACACCCUUAUCCUGAAGCUGUGGUUCAAGAAGUACAAAGGAGACUAAAUGUAUCUAUAUACAGAAGAGAAAUGCUGGAAAGUAGUACAACCACCGCCACCAGCACUGGUGGCGGCGGUAGCAGCAGCUGUCUCACCGGAAACCCAAUCGACGACUGCUGGAGAUGCGACCCAAAUUGGGCAAACAACAGGCAACGUCUCGCAGACUGCGCAAUCGGGUUCGGGAAAUCCGCAGGAGGCGGAAAAGGCGGUCAGAUCUACAUAGUAACUGAUUCCUCGGACCACGACGUCGUUUCACCGACUCCAGGCACUCUGCGUUACGCCGUGUUACAAACCGAACCCCUUUGGAUAGUAUUUCAGUCAAAUAUGGUAAUUAAGUUAAAACAUGAAUUGAUAAUAAAUAGUUAUAAAACAAUAGAUGGGAGGGGAGCCAAUGUGGCAAUAACAGGAGGUGGAUGUUUAACUAUACAGUAUGUAAGCAAUGUGAUCAUACAUAAUAUUCGGAUUUACGACUGUAAACCAUCUGGGAAUGUUAAUAUAAGGUCAAGUCCAUCACAUGUUGGAUUUAGAGGAAAAUCGGACGGUGAUGGGAUAUCGAUUGCUGGAUCAAGAAAUAUAUGGAUAGAUCAUUGUUCAUUAUCACAUUGUACUGAUGGGUUGAUAGAUGCUGUGUUGGGAUCCACUGCUAUUACUAUUUCAAAUAGCUAUUUUACUCAUCAUAAUGAAGUUAUGCUUAUGGGUCAUGACGAUGAUUAUAUGCCCGACAAAGGAAUGCAGGUUACAUUUGCAUUUAAUCAUUUUGGGAGAGGUUUGAUACAAAGGAUGCCAAGGUGUAGACAUGGGUAUUUUCAUGUGGUGAAUAAUGAUUUUACGGAAUGGAAGAUGUAUGCGAUUGGUGGGAGUGCUGAUCCGACGAUAAAUAGUCAGGGAAAUCGAUACAUUGCACCACCAGAUGCUGAUUCCAAAGAGGUUACCAAGAGAGUGGACACCGAUGAGGGUAACUGGGCAGGGUGGAAUUGGAGAACUGAUGGCGAUAUAAUGGUAAAUGGUGCAUUCUUUGUGCCAUCAGGCGACGGCAUGAGUGGAAUCUAUGCAAAGGCAGCAAGCUAUGAGCCGAAGUCAGCCAACCUUGUAACGCAACUGACGAUGUACGCCGGAGUCUUUGGUGGGCCAAGGGAUGAUGAUGGUAGCGAGUCAUUUACUGAUGGGACGAUCACCGGAGAUAGUGCAAGCGGGAACACUGGAAGAGGCAGUGACAGUGAUGGUGAUUACUUUGGGAUGAUAUUUGGGGGUGGCUCAGUUGCAACGUCACCACCUUCAACCAUAGUUCUUUUUACUCUUUUAAUUUUAUGCAUUGCCAUUACCACCAAGAAUUGUGGUGGAUUGAUUACAGUAUUAUUACUAUAGUAAUUAAUUUUGGAGAUCUUGAUUGUUAACAGGAAAGAAAAGAAGAUGAAAAAAAGGCUCAUCAUUCUGGUCCCA